GCACCGGUUACUCUGGUGACGUGUAAAUAGCAAUGAUACCAGGAAGUGUGAACUAGGGAAGCAAAAUAGUUUGGGUAAAUUGAUUAUUUUCACUCGUUAUCAAGGAAUAUAAUUUAUUCUGUAGUGAAUAGGUGUAUACUCUAGUUGUGUAACAUAUUACCAGCCGUCUAGUGAGCUACCAUGGGACGACAUGGGGGCGUUGGUUUAGCGGUUUUCGUACUCGUGCUGGCCUUUUGCGAGGCAAGAAGACACAAACUCGCCCUAAAGAAUGACUCUAGGUUUGUGGUUCAUCUCAACACCUUUGGUUUCUUUGCCAAUGGAACCCUGGACGUCAACGUUCUCUCCCUGAGACUGCCCGAGGACAACAGCAAGCACCCUGUGAGAACAACUGAUGUGGGAUUCAGUCUCUCCAAGUCUCGUGUUAAUGGAGUGCUGUCCUACACAGCGGAGGAGACGGAGGUGUGUCCGCUCAGCAAACACAGCGGUGUUGAGCCCCUCUUCCUCUUCCUCAUUGACACCAACAACCUCAGAGUCCAUGUGAGGUCUUUUGGAGAUCAGGACAGCGCCUUGACCCAGCCGAAGACAGACAAGACACUCACUGAAGAGUCAGGUUCCAGGAGAAGAAGAGCAACUGUCAAUGACUUGAAAGUGACAGUACAGAAGAGUGAUGUGGAGGAAAAUAAGAAAGAUGUAGUGCUGAAAGAGGGGACGAAGGAGGAAAAGAAGAAAGAUGUUGUGCUGAAAGAGGAGGGGACGGAGGAAAAUAAGAAAGAUGUAGUGCUGAAAGAGGGGACGAAGGAGGAAAAGAAGAAGGAUGUAGUGCUGAAAGAGGAGGGAACGAAGGAGGAAAAGAAGGAUGUAGUGCUGAAAGAGGGGACGAAGGAGGAAAAGAAGAAGGAUGUAGUGCUGAAAGAGGAGGGAACGAAGGAGGAAAAGAAGGAUGUAGUGCUGAAAGAGGGGACGAAGGAGGAAAAGAAGAAGGAUGUAGUGCUGAAAGAGGAGGGAACGAAGGAGGAAAAGAAGCCAGAACUCAAGGAGGAAAAAAUGGGGCGGAUCAAUGGGCUGACUCUGGAUGUGCAGAAAAUCAAUGGCUCCUACAGCUUCAGCUUCCACAUGGUGAUUGGCCAAUUGGAUGAGGGCCUGUACAACCUCGACUUCCACUACUGUGAGAACAUUCUGCCAGGCAACAACCGCCCCUACACUCUCAACGUGGAGGUGACAGAGAAGAACCCAGGAGGUUACCUGUCAGCAGCAGAGAUCCCUCUCCCUCGUCUCUACAUCUUCAUGGCUGGAGUUUUCUUCAUUAUAGCCAUGGUCUGGGUUUACACACUGCUGAAGCACAGGUACAGUGUGUUUAAGAUCCACUGGCUGAUGGCAGCUCUGGCCUUCACCAAGUCCAUCUCCCUGGUUUUCCACAGCAUCAACUACCACUUCAUCAACACGGAGGGACAUCCCAUAGAAGGAUGGGCUGUCAUGUACUACAUCACACACCUGUUGAAGGGGGCUCUGCUGUUCAUCACUCUGGCGUUGAUUGGUACUGGCUGGGCCUUCGUUAAAUACAUCCUGUCAGACAAGGAGAAGAAGAUCUUCAUGAUCGUCAUCCCUCUACAGGUUCUGGCCAACGUAGCCUACAUCAUAAUAGAGUCUACAGAGGAGGGCUCUAGUGAGUACGCCCUGUGGAAGGAGGUUCUGUUCCUGGUUGACCUCAUCUGCUGUGGAGCUAUCCUCUUUCCUGUUAUAUGGUCUAUUCGUCACCUACAAGAGGCUUCCAGCACUGAUGGGAAAGCUGCCAUGAACCUGGAGAAACUCAAACUAUUCAGACAUUACUACGUCAUGAUAGUGUGUUAUAUCUACUUCACGAGGAUCAUCGCCAUCCUGCUGAAGGUGACGGUGCCUUUCCAGUGGCAGUGGUGUUACGAGUUCCUAGUGGAGGUGUCGACUCUGAUCUUCUUUGUGUUGACGGGGUAUAAGUUCCGCCCGGCGUCCAACAACCCCUACCUCCAGCUGCCCCUGGACGAGGAGGACGUGGAGAUGGAUGAAGUGGUGACGGAGUCAGGUAUGUUGGAGGGCAUCUCUAAAGUCAAGAAGACAUCUAAUGGUCGCGAGCGCCAGAAAGAGUCUACCUUGUGAGAGUGUUUGUGAAGGGGGGGGGGUUGUUCUAAACACCCAUAACCCCUCAGCGUUGGAGAGAAACGGGGACUGAAAUGGACCAAGACACACCCUUUACCCCUCCCCCAAAACACUCCUCCUCCAUCUGAAACUGGCUGGCUGUUACUAAAGCAACCACCGCCUCGCUAUGCAACAAGACAAACGAUGACAGACUUUAGUUGUCGUUGGACCUUCUCUCUCUCCUUUAUCUGGAGACUUUCUGGAGGCUCUGCACCCCUGCCUGGUGUCAUAAUGGUUCAUUCCAGGGAGAGAACUCUUCCACCCCCCCCCCUCGUCGAUGGACGAAUAGAAUGGACUGGUCUGGGGUAGAAUGGACCUCUAAUGACCUCCCUCCCUCCCUCUCUCUCUCUCUCUCCUUUUCUUCUCUCUGGAGAACGGAGGAAGCGACACUCCAAAGAUGAUCGUUUUCCAGAUGUGUGAUUGGUAUAUUUUAUAUCCAGAGUAUCCUGUUCUGUUUUAAUGUGUUCCUGGUGUAGUGCACUACACAGGGUGUGGUUUGGAACCCUGUUCCUGGUGUAGUGCACUACGCGGGGUGUGGUUUGGAACCCUGUUCCUGAUGUAGUGCACUACAUUACACGGGUGUGGUUUGGAACCCUGUUCCUGGUGUAGUGCACUACACGGGGUGUGGUUUGGAACCCUGCUCCUGGUGUAGUGCACUACACGGGGUGUGGUUUGGAACCCUGUUCCUGGUGUAGUGCACUACACGGGGUGUGGUUUGGAACCCUGUUCCUGGUGUAGUGCACUACACGGGGUGUGGUUUGGAACCCUGUUCCUGGUGUAGUGCACUAUACGGGGUGUGGUUUGGAACCCUGUUCCUGGUGUAGUGCACUACGCGGGGUGUGGUUUGGAACCCUGUUCCUGAUGUAGUGCACUACAUUACACGGGUGUGGUUUGGAACCCUGUUCCUGAUGUAGUGCACUACACGGGGUGUGGUUUGGAACCCUGUUCCUGAUGUAGUGCACUACACGGGGUGUGGUUUGGAACCCUGUUCCUGAUGUAGUGCACUACACGGGGUGUGGUUUGGAACCCUGUUCCUGGUGUAGUGCACU